AUGCCACUUUUGUCUGUUGUAUUAGCACAGCAAGGACCCAAUGUUGCAACAAAUGGAUUCAAUGAUCAACUCAACAGCUCUAAUGCACCAGAAGAAAGUUGGCUCAAAAAGAAUGAUAGAUACGUCUUCAUUAUCGUGCUCGUAUUGUUCUUCUUGGCUAUUUUAAUAUGGUACAUUGUUCGUAGUAUUAAAGGUAUGCGCAAAAGAUUGGCAGCCGAGAACCAAGGACAUAUGAUGAUGGUGCAAAAUGCCUCUGGUGGCGGUUUCUCAGAGACGGUGCCAGUGGAUAUCAACGGAUUUCACAAAAUGCCAGACUAUCCUCAACAGCCACAACAACAACAGCAAUAUACUCAUCGCUAUUAG